AUGUUUUUUUUUUCAGGUUGCUGUGUUGGCUACCAUAACCACCGUUACUUUUUGAUGGGAAUCUUUUAUAUAUUUAUUGGAGCUUUGUAUGGAAUUUACUAUCAGUGGGAGUAUGUGUAUGAAACGAUAAAUCUCCCAGUCAUGUAUUUUUUCCUCUGUUUACUUGCUCCACAUUUUGCUCUUCUUUUUGGAGCCAUUAAUUUGUGGGGUCUCCUUGUAGCUACUUUGCACACACUUGGUCUUGCGACUCUCUUAAUGGUGUCAUACUUAUUACUGAUGCAGGCUAAGGCCAUAUGUCAAGGGCAGACUCAGUAUGAGAUGAAGCAUAACAUACAUGACUACAAUCUGAGUUUGCGCCAGAAUAUUGUUGAUGUGUUGGGCAGGAGAUGGAGAAUUGCUUGGAUUUCCCCUUUUAUACCAUCACCUCUCACUGGGGAUGGUUUGAAAUUCCUCAGGGCAACUGAGUAUGAGCCACCAAAGGAUAUAUAAUCGUUGUGUUUAGCAUUCCAAUGCUGUAAAGAAAAUUAUGCUAAUGAGAAGUUAUAGAAUAAACGUGUAAAUGUGU